AUGACAUCGGCAUUAAGUGAUUCUGACUCGGAUUCAGUGUUGAAAAUUGAGCUUCCUACACAAUAUUAUAAUGAUUUUGACAGCCUACUAGAAUUUAUCAUCACUUUUCCAUCUUAUAAAAAUAAAUCUUUUGUUAAAACUUUGCAACAAUCCCCACAGUCUAUUAAAAUUAUUGAGGUUAACCUUGAAACAUUAAAGCGCUUUGGUCGUUCACCUGAUAAUUCACGCCUUAUAACGGAGAACCAUGUUAUCGCAUUGAUUAACUUUAUUGAACCAAGAUAUUCAGAAAAGAUUUGUAUUGAGGGCCUCAGUAUCUUAGCAAACGCAUUGGUAGUUAACACAACGCUUUUAAAUUCCUGGGACUGUACGAAAAUCUUCAACUUAACACUUCGUUGUUAUGUCCCCAGGGCACCUUCUCUUUCUCUUUCCGAACGCUAUUUAUUUCGUCGUCUUGGAUUUCUUUUCACUUACCGGCACAAUAAACUUAAUGAAGAUCAAGUAGCCCUUUUUUUCCCUUUAAUUACUCGGUCAAUGUCAGAGCUUCCCAGAGAUGUUUCUAGAUUUUCAGAUCCGGAAUACAUGCCUUUAAUAAAGCUUAAUAGUAUUGAACUUUUAAAGGUCACAUUUAACGUAUUUCACCAUUAUUCAGAUUACACCCUUCACACUUUGGAGAAAAGCGGGGUUAUGUGUCAAAUUUGCAAAACUCUUAUUAUCACCGAUACUGGCUCUGUGGAAAAUUCAGAUCUCACAAGAUAUCUGUUUAAUUGUCUUAUGUGCUCCACAUCCCCUCCUGAGUGGUUUAAUACAGAAGGCGAAUUCGAAGAUUCAGAAGAUAUUUUUGAAAAUCUCGUCAUUGUUCCGUCAGCUGAUGACUACAAAGACCUUUCUUUACAUAAAGUGUCGUCUUCUUCUUUGUUGAUUAGAAUACUUGAAUUUGCAAAACUUGCUACCAACCCGCAAUAUGCCAAGAUGUUACUUUCUGAUAUCACAUUAUCACCAUGUUUAACAUGCUUACAAAAAGUGAUUCAAAAGGUAUACUCACCUGGCUCGGCUGAAACUGAAAGUCAAGACACUCCUAAAAUUCAACGUUUGAAGAAUAUUGCAGAAUCUUAUCUCCUCCCUUCUGAAAGUGAACGAGAAUAUCCUUUAGGAAGUCUUGAUGCUCCCCAUUCACUUUCAAAUGCAUUUGUUCGUUUUUCAUCUGAUAUUUCACUUACUACAAGCACAGCAAUUGUCCAAGAUAUUUAUUGGAAACUGUUUUAUGGAAGGGAAGGCCUUCUUGUCAGUAAAAUGGGAUUAGGGUUUGCAUCAAGCUUUUUAUCAACCACAUCUACUCUGUUUUCUGGCGAGACCAAAAAAGCUGAUGACAUUGCAGAUACUGAACAACAAACCGAAGUUGCUAUAAGCAGAUCAACUACUUUGGUUUCGCCUCAUAAUACUCAGCGAUCAGAUUCUAAUUCUUCAAAGCUCAAAAUGAUGUUCAAAAGCGAUGACGAUUAUAAAGAAAUAUCUAGAGAGGGUUCUUCUGAUCUCACAUCAUCAAACACCCAUUCUCCUUCUACAGGUAGCUUUUCGGAUUAUCCUUCUUCUAAUAACGACUCUAUUACAUUAUUAGACAAAUCAGAUUCUUCAUCUAUUCUAGACUCGUUGCCUUUUUUUUCCACCUCUCCGAAACCCACACUUGCAAAGCUGAAAGCCAAAACAAAAUCUCUCGCUCGUGGUAAAAAUCUUUGCAAAGCUUCUGAGUUAGAUCCCAAAGAAAGUGAAAAGAACACUAAUACAAAUAAAUCUUGUGGGUUUGUUUCAAAGUAUUUACCUGGUGUAAGCUGCAGCAAUACAAGCCUUUCUUCAUCAAAAACAACUACUCCCGCUAAAAAAUCAGAUUUAACUUCAGAUAAGGCUAAUACUUCUAAAUCUUCUGCUUCUAAGAGUUCAAAUUCGCUUUCUGAAAUUGGACCACCUCAAGGAAAUGUAAAGCCAAUAAAUAUUCAACAAAGCAAUACGUCAAAUAGCAUUGAUAGUGUUGGAAGCGUUGGCAGCAGUGCAAGUGCAAAUGUUCUUUUAUACCCUUACAUAUCACCAGCAGAUAACAUUGAAAACUUGAAAAAAGAUUCAACUUUAAAGACACAUGUUAAAUAUAACGAUGACGAAAUUAAUCUGUCAGAGACUACAACAGGAUCUAAAGUCAGCAUUGACCCCAUCACGGGGAAAAUGUUGACUCAUGACGAGUUUAAUCGGCAACUUGAAAAAAUUCAACAGGCGGCCAAGGAAAGAAGUUUAAACCCAGAUAAUGCAGAUGAAUUAGAAUGGACUGAAGAAGAAAAAGAAAAAGAAGCUGAAAAAAUGUUUGAUUUAUUUGAGCGAUUGAAUAAAAAUGGUGUCAUAAAGGUUGCCAACCCUUCUCAAGUGUUUCAACAAAGUAUAUCUAAGUAA